CAAUUAGUGCAGUUUUUCCAUCUGCCUCAACACACACUGUUUUAGAGACCUAAGAAUUCAUUAAUGCUUUAUUGAUGAAUUUCAUUGCUAAAAACGUUCCUGUAUUACAGGAAUGAAGGAACUUGACAGAACAGGUUUGACUUGGGUGUAACAUCCUAUGCACAAGUGAAGUCCGUGUUACUUUCACACAGCGAGUGCUCUACGAAAGUGGCAGUUUAAAGAAGCAAUGAACAGAAAGAUUAAAGGAAAGAUGCAUAAAAGACAAGUCAGAGAUGAUACCACAAACUCCCUCACUUCUGAUUUAACAGAGGAGAAAAGAAAGCAGCUUUGUGGAUUACUGGGGAAUGUUGAACUGACUCUUCUCUACAAAGCUUCUGUUCAUGGAUAUAAUGCUUCUGCCUUCCACCAGCGAUGUGACCGUCAGGGUCCAACAUUACUUGUAGCCUACAACCGUUCAGGCUACAUCUUUGGUGGAUACACUAGUGUAGAAUAUACUCAAAGCGGGCAGUAUUUUACAGAUGAGGAAGCUUUCCUGUUCAGCUUUCAAGGCAAGAUCCCUGUCUGCAUCAAAAUUAACAGUGGACAUAAUGUACGUUAUGAUGAUGCUGGAGUACCCAACUUUGGCCAACAGUUGUACUUUUGCUACAACAACCAACCAGUUGUGUUAAAUCAAGGAGGGAGUGCAUUUACUGUUAAUGUGGCAACAAUGUAUGGGAAUGACACUCAAAUGACUGAAUGUGAGGUGUACAAAGUGGAACAGAGCUCUCAAAUCAGUGCAGAAGAGAAACCAUGGAGGAACGUUCUGUGGACGGCUGAACGAAGAGACGAGCUAAUGGAAUCGAUCAGGAAUUAUAAACCCAUGACGACGUCUGUGAGUCGGGUCAGAAUCCUAAUGAUCGGUCCUGUAGGUGCUGGAAAAUCCAGUUUCUUCAACUCCAUCAACUCCAUCUUCAUGGGCCGCAUGACCAGUAAAGCCAUGUCAGGAUCUGCAGGCACUAGCCUCACCACACAGUUUCGCACAUACCCAGUGAAAGACGGUCGUGAGGGAAAGCCACUGCCGUUUGUGUUGUGUGACACCAUGGGACUCGAGGAGCAAUCAGGUGCAGGACUGGAUAUUGAGGACAUCAGCAGCAUUCUUCAAGGUCACGUACCAGACCGCUAUAAAUUCAACCCCAUUACACCGUUUCAACCAGAUGAGCAAAAGGCCUCCAAACCUGCAUCUCUACAGGAGAAGAUCCACUGUGUGGUGUACGUGAUAGACGCCACCAAAAUCUCCCUCAUGUCUGACAAACUAGAGGAAAAACUUGCUGCUAUACGCAGAAAAGUGAACUCACUGGGCAUUGCUCAGAUUGUCUUGAUGACAAAAGUAGAUGAAGCAUGUCCUCUAGUGGAGGAAGAUCUUCAAAGCCUUUAUGUCAGUUCCUACAUCAAGACGAAGGUUCAGGAGGUGAGCUCUCGGUUGGGUGUGCCGGUGUCUUGUGUGUUACCGGUGAAGAACUACAGUCAGGAGCUGGAGCUGGAGCUCAACUGUGACGUCCUGCUUCUCACCGCUCUACAGCAGAUGCUCAACUUUGCAGACGACUAUCUGGAUGAUGUUGGUCACAUGGAGAGCAACCCUAUAUAAAGAGCUGCUGUUAAUUUUCUCAACAAUUUUGAGGCCAGAUGUGUGUUAUAUAUGAUACGGGUUUAGACUAGAAUAUAGGAACACUGUUGUCUCAGUUGAGGUAUUUUAUGUUAGUUUACAACAAUAAUGGUCACUUUGUACACUUCUAUUGUGUCAACUUAUCAACCAUACAAUCAGCUUUAAAAUGUAAUAAUGAAAUGGUGAGAAAAAUAUAUUUAAAACUGUCAACAUAUAGGCCUACUGUUUGUUAUAAUAGCUAUUAAACAUUACACUUACUGAGGUUGGUCUGCUAUUUAACGUGCGCGUGAUUUUAAGACGAUACAUUCGUAUUCUGAACGAAUUAUCGUGAUAAGUAGCCUAGUAUCCCAUAAGUGUGUUCAAUUAAUUCUUAACAGUUUACAUAAAAUUAUUAUUAUUAAUGUCAGAAUUUUACUAUACAAAAAACCCUAGCGUAGGCUAUAUAAAUUUCUUAAUUUUCACUGAGUUCGCAUCUGAAAUGGAGAAGUAAACUAACGCUUCGGGCGAUGCAAGUUCGAAUCCCGACUCAACGUCCUCCUUUUGCUUUCGGUCUUCCAUUGCACUGUCCUAUGAAAUAGCUAGAGGCAAGAGUUUAAAAUAUAACUAAUAUAAAAAAUUAUAAGAGGAAACGUAAAUGAAGCUGAGGAACUAGCAGAACAAAGUAAAGAUAAAUAUACAGACUACAGUUGAAUUGCCGUUACUGUUUAUUGAAACAACGAAAGGUGUGAAUCAAAUGAAGUCAAACAUGGACCAAGAACUAUAUAUUUACUGUCAGAUAGUUACUAGACAGACGACAUCUGCAGGCUGGAAAAGUGAAACUGAGGAACCGACAAACCAGACGCACAGAAGACAAGUCCUCUGUCCUAAAGAUUACGAUAUAAAAACACAUGUAGCCA